CAGUCGCUUUCCGGCCCGCGUGUACACUUUGCAUAUAAAAAUCGGGUCCUAGAGCUCUUCUUGAGCUCCCACGAGGCCACGACCCACGUUUUUUCCUCCCUCCAGUAUAGAACCGCAGUUCUUUCGCAGUUUCGUUCUUUCGCGUUUCCACCUAAUUGUAGGCAGCUAUCCUUUACAGGUCCUAUAUGGCUAUAUAGAUCACGGUGUUCUUGCUACAUCCCGAUUCCCAACAACAGCAGCAUAUACUAGAGCAGCAGGCAUUUGCUGUGGAAUGGCGUUCUGCGCGGAUUUUGCUGCGCUCCGGCCGUCGCCGGCCGACGUCCGUGUGGUCACGUCCGACGGGAGCACCAUCCGUGCGCAUUCCUCGGUUCUUGCCGCGGCGUCCCCGGUGCUGGAGCGGAUGAUCGUGGGCGCGCGCGGCCGCGGGUGGGACGCCGCCGACUGCACCACCGUCCGCGUCCUCGGCGCGCCCUCCGACGCCGUCGUCGCCUUCCUCCGCUUCCUCUACUCCAACCCCAGGGCGGCGGCGGGGGCGGGGGAGUGGGCGGAGGAGGAGGACGCGCACGGGCCGGCGCUGCUGGCGCUGGCGCACGCGUACCGUGUCCCGUGGCUGAAGCGGCGCGCGGAGGCCGCGGUGGCGGCGCGCGGCCUGACCGCGGAGCGCGCGGUGGACGCGCUCAAGCUGGCCGCGCUCUGCGACGCGCCGCGGCUGUACCUGGCGUGCGCGCGCCUCGCGGCCAAGGACCUGGACGCCGUGGAGCGGUCCGAGGGGUGGCGCUUCGCCGGCCGCCACGACGCCGCGCUCCGGCUCAACCUGCUCCACCUCCUCCACGACGCCGACCAGAGAAAGGAGAGGUGGGAGAGGGAGCGUGCGUCGCAGCACGUGUACGGGCAGCUCAGCGACGCCAUGGCCUUCCUGGACCGCAUCUUCGCUGGCACAGAAGAAGCCUCGCCGUCGCCGUGCGAGGACGAGGACGAGGACGGCGUCCGCUGGGGGCUCGAGCAGCUCAUGCGGCACUUCGCCGCGUGCGGCGGCAGGACCAGGAAGCCCGCCGCCUGCCCGCGCUGCACGCGCGCGUUGCAGCUCCUCCGCCUCCACGCCUCCGUCUGCGACCGCGCCGGCGACGGCGACGGUGACGGCGGCGAGCCUUGCAAAGUUGCCUUGUGCAGCAACCUCAAGGCCAAGAUGCAGGAAGAGGGAGUGGACACGACAUGGAAGCUUCUGGUGAAGAAGGUGACCAGGGCUAGGGUGAUGUCUGCUCUGGCCAGCAGGGAGGUGCCAGAGGUUGUGAAGAAGUCAUGGGCGAAAUACAGCAGCCGUAGAGCUGCCAGAAUUAGAUAGAUGAAAAGAAAAGGAAAAAAGAUGAAGGAAAUACUACUGUUCUGUGCAUGGCCGACACAAUUUUGGUUUAUAUUGUGUGCUUUGGCAGUAUUCCUACUGUAUUUUUUUUUGUGGGAUACAGAAGUCACACUCUGCAGAUGAGUGUAACCAAAGAAGCUUGAUGCAUGUAUAUUAUGUGGCAUCCUUGUUGUGA